GUAUGCCUGCCUAUAUUUACAUUCGGAGUUAGGUUUUCGAUUGGGGCGUUAACUGGAUUGCCAUGGGCAUGGCGAGUCGUAUAGAGUGCGUCUUCUUCAGUGAGUUUCACCCUACUCUCGGCCCAAAGAUCACAUACCAGGUGCCGGAGGAGUACAUCUCUCGCGAGCUGUUCGACACUGUGCAGGUGUAUAUUAUUACCAAGCCAGAACUACAGAACAAACUCAUCACUGUGACUGCCAUGGGGAAGAAGCUAAUUGGGUGCCCGGUAUGCAUUGAACAUAAAAAGUACAGCCGCAACGCUCUGCUCUUUAACCUGGGUCUUGUUUGUGAUGCACAAAGUAAGACGUGUGCCCUGGAGCCCAUAGUUAAGAAGCUCUCUGGGUACCUGACCACCCUGGAGCUGGAGACUGGCUUCAUAUCCAAUGAGGAGUGCAAGCAGAAACUCCUUCCUAUAAUGUCCACGCUAUUAGAAGAGCUCAACGCGACCGGAGCAUGCACCUUACCUAUAGACGAGUCCAACACGAUACACCUGAAGCUCAUAGAGCAGAGGAGAGAUCCACCGAUAGUGCAGGAAUAUGAUGUUCCAUUGGGAUUUAAUAAAGACCACUUUAUUAAAUCCCAAUGGGACCUGACCACGCAGCAGAUCCUGCCCUACAUUGACGGGUUUCGACACAUACAGAAAAUCUCAGCUGAGGCAGAUGUUGAGUUAAAUCUCGUUCGCAUAGCGGUUCAAAAUCUCCUGUACUACGGUGUUGUCACCAUGGUCUCAAUAUUCCAGUACUCCAAUGUGUACUGCACAACCCCCAUAGUCCAGAGCCUCAUAGACAACAAGUCCAUUCAGGAGGAGUGCCUGAGAUACGUCACAAAGCAAGGUCAGAAGCAGGCCAAUCUCAGAGACGUGUUUCAGCUGUACUGUGGUCUGACCCCCGGCACGACGGUUCGAGACCUUUGCUCUCGUUACUCACCCCAGCUUCAGAGAGUGGACGAGAGGAGGCUCAUUCAGUUCGGCCUGAUGAGGGGGCUGAUACGAAGACUGCAGAAGUACCCUGUGAAGGUGUGUCGGGACGAGAAGAGCCAACCCCCACGGCUGUACACCGGCUGUCACAGUUAUGAUGAAAUCUGCUGUAAAACAGGAAUGAGCUACAAAGAACUGGAUGAACGGCUUGAAAAUGACCCGAACAUCAUUGUGUGCUGGAAGUAGCUGCAGACACACAAACACUGGAUGGAUCUGCCUUCUUUAGAACUGCCCUGAUCAAAAAAGUUGUCCCCCAAAGACCAUUGAAAAGCCUUACAUCAUACUUGUGAAGUGAUGUUAAAAGUUAGAAGGAUUUUAUAAAUUAAUUGUAUUGUAUGUGAAUUUAUUUUCAGUACAUUUAGUUUGUAGCUGCCUGGUUCACUUGAAAAGUUGUAUAUGUCUGCCUAAUAAAGCAAACAAGCAGGA